AUGGGUGCCAUUCUGGACACACCGCACACCGACAAGACCACCGAGAAUGGCACCGGCAACGACCUCAGGUACGGCGUCUGCAGCAUGCAGGGCUGGCGCGUCGAGAUGGAGGACGCCCACUGCGCCCAGGUCGGCCUGCCCGAUCUGGACGACUGGAGCUUCUUUGCCGUGUUCGAUGGCCACGCCGGUGCCUACGUCUCGGCGCACUGUGCCCAGAACCUGCUGAAGACCAUUCUGCAGACGGAGAAGUUUCGGCAGUACCCGACGGCGGUGGAGACGGCGCUGCAGAAGAUCAAGCUGAAGAUUCGCGACGGCUUCCUCACGCUGGACGAGAAGAUGAAGCAGCUGCCGGAGGUGGAGUCCGGCGAGGACAUCAGCGGCUCGACGGCGGUCAGCGCCCUCAUCUCGCCCAGUCACUUCUUCUUCGCCAACUGCGGCGACUCGCGGGGCGUCCUCUCGCGGGACGGCGUCACCGCCUUCUCCACCUUCGACCACAAGCCGGUCAAUCCGAUUGAGAAGGACCGCAUCCAGCGGGCGGGCGGCAGUGUCAUGAUCCAGCGGGUCAACGGCUCGCUCGCCGUCUCCAGA